CGCUUAAGAGGCGCUCAUGGAAUGGAACGUGACCAACCGCUCGCGGCGGGUCCCAGGCCUUCCGGCCUUGACCAGUGGUGAAGCGCCGGAUCCCACGGCCGCUCACCAGCCCGCGUCUUCCGGAGCGACCGCCCAGAAGACCCGGAGAGGAGGAGCCGUCGCGGCCGCCCCUGUGUAGCGGGGCGGGCGGGAGGCCCUCAGCGGCGCGGCGUCCGCCCCUCGUCCCCGCGGGGGCUCGCGGGCGUCGGAGGCCCCUGAGUCUGUGCGCUCGCCGGCUGGCUCAUGUCCGUGCCGACUCCCCUCCCGCUGAUGCGUUCGAGGGCCAAGACUGCAUUCUUCCGUUCAAAGGAACUGUGAGAGAAGUUAGCCUCAUGGCUGUCUCACAAUGCACCCGCCAUUGAGAAAGCCACCUUCAGCUGCCAACCCGUGUUUUCUAUACUCGUUCCCCAUCAAACAUUCGGGAGACUCUCCCUCUUUUUGUGCUAGUAAUUUUCAAGAAACGUUCUGUGUCACAGAAAUGCUGCGUUUUAUUUUUCUCUCUCGAUCGCCCUUCUCCCUGCCACAGCGGGUAACUGGUUUGUCACCGACCAAUCGAGCUCGCUUUGUUCGCGGUCUCUAGAUAGAGGUCCUCCGCCGCCAUGAUUGUUUUGGGCCCUCACUGGAAGCCGCGAGAUCUUGCACGGAGGACAUUUUUGUUUUUGGAAGAUCCCGCGCGCUCUUCCGGCCGUUAGUUUAGUGUUCGCCGCCAUCUUAAGCCCUGGUUGUGGCUUCAAAUGGGCCGCGAAGCAGCCCAGGCCAUCUUGUGUUUGGGCGGCCGCAGGGUUUUGCGCGCCGGCAGCGCGGGGGAAGCGGGAAGGAGGUCGGCGCCCGGAACACCCGGGCUUUCAAAGGCUGGCUUGUGAGCCUGUGGCCGCCUUUCUAGUCUGAGUUUGCACAGCCAGGUACCACUUCACCAGUGACCCCGGACAGUAACUAAACAAAAGCCCGACCCCAAACCCUGCCACCAUCGUAGGGGUUCUCAGCUUUGGCUGCUUAUGAAAAUCACUUGGGGUGCUUAAAAAACAACAACCCAGAGCAGUAUCUGUAGAGUUUUGAGAUCCUGUGGAUGGAAUUUAAGGAAGUUAAGGAUCAGAGCUCCUUGUCCAGUGACUGAAUCCCAGCCCUCGGCAGUGAAAGCAGAGAGGUCUAACUACUGGGCCUUGAGGGAAUUCCCUAGGUGUCUGUAAUUAUUCUGGAACCAGUAAACCAUGGCAUCAAAGAAAUUUGCUGUUAAAUGUGGGAACUUUGCUGUCCUGGUGGAUCUUCACGUAUUGCCGCAAGGUUCAAGCAGAGAUACUAGCUGGUUUUCUGAACAGAAAAAAGAGGAAGUCUGUUUACUGUUAAAAGAAACCAUUGAUUCAAGAGUGAAGGAGUACUUACAAGUUCGUAAACAGCACAGACCAUCAGAUACAGAAUUCACAAGAUCCAAUCCCUUGUCCUUAAAAGGUUAUGGCUUUCACAUCACAGCCUAUUUCCUCAAAAGAAGAAUACGUCUCCGCUGCCUCAGGGGCUCACCAAGGACAGAACUCCAAGUGUUUCCCGACAGGUUUGUGGUCUGCGUAAGUCAGCUUGCAUUCAGUCGUGAUCUUUUGGCAAGUCAGAGUGAAGAGUUGCAGCCGGGAAGAGCUCUCCAUGGAGCAACGGGGGAUCGUACUGGCUGUGUGGAACAACUACUUCCUCCUGGGGCAGAGCCCAGGAGAAAUGUUCUUCGAGAAAUUGCAAACAGAACUGAGACAAAAAGCAGUGCCGUGAGCAGAUCUCAGAGCAACAGGGACAGUGUGGGAGCACCCAGUGACUCGGUGGCUACAGAGGGAGCAUGGAGGAAGGGCGGCCGGCCAGCCUCAUCCAUCCCCCCGGCCAUGGGACAAGCGGAGGACGACAGGAAAGCAUCUGAGACCCACCAGGGGCUUCCUGCUCUGAAGCUGGAGAAAGGUCAUCAGGCCUGGCCGGAGCAGCAGAAACCUCAUCCCAGGGUGCGGUUGCAGACCGGGCUUCUAAGCAGGAGCCUUGUCUGUGGCUGUGAGUCAGCAUUCCCGGGUCCAAAGCAAAGUCCACCAGGGGCCAGAGCACCGCAGAAAUGCAGGAAGCACAACCCUGCAGAAGACGCCGGCCACCACAAGAGAGUUUCUCUUGGAAGUGAUCGAUUAGUCCCGAGGGAAAUAAUAGUAGGGGAAGAAAGCAAAGCGGUCAGGGUCCUGCCAACUUGAGAGCUGUCAGAUCUGGGGUAACUUUUGAAACAAGAUUUGGCAGAAACUGCAUCUAAUGAAGAGUCGCAUGUUUUGGAAACUCUCUCCUCCAGACAUCUUACAAAAAAUAAGCCAGGCAGGCACAACUCAGCCACAAACACUGAAAGCUUAGCUCUGACUCAGGGCAGCCCAACCAAAAAAGAAAAGGAUGGAAGCAGCUACUUGCUCACAGAAGAGGAUUGCAACCCCGGCGUGAAGGAUGUCGUGACCAGACCUGGGAUAAGUGAGCGGUGUGCCUAGAAGCCAUGACUUAAAGGAAUUUAAAUGAUCAUUUUCAGUAGAAAAUAUGUACCUGCGUUGGGCUUAACUUUCAAAGCAGCAGCCUCCAGGAGAUUGUUCUGACAGCACCGCUCCUUUCUGGUUCACACUUUAACGUCAGAAACUCACUUUAGUGAUAAACAGCCAUUGGCUUUGUCGGCAGUGACAGCAUCCAUAGAGGAAGCACAUGAAGAAACCAGUGGUGCGCUUUAUCACAUCCUUGCAUGAAGCCCGCAGUGACCGUGGUGCUCUCUUUCUGGCCAGUCCUCCUGCCCUGCAGCCUGAGUCGGGCAGCAGUGGAGGAACAGGCUUGCGGGUCACCCCGUCUGCUUGCGGCCCCAGCGUCAUAUCUGAACGUGUGUAAGAAAGGCAGAGCCUGGGCCCCACCCAGACCUACAGAGUGAGAAACUGGGUGAUUCUGAAACCUGUUUGAGGUUGGCAACCCCCAGGCUAUUUGGAGAGUCCCUGGGAUUGAUUUCCUGCAGCCUGACUGUCCUGGCCCCCAGAGUAUCAGCAGGGCCCACAUGUAGACCUGCAGCCGUCACGCCCCCUCAGGUGUGAAGCACUCUGUUCCCAGGUCCUUAAGCAUGGUGGCCAUAGCGCCCGGGAGCUGUGCCUUUGCGCUCAGAGUUGGAGGACAUUUACUUAUAAUUUGGCCUGACAUUAGGGGGAGACGUCAGAGAGGCUUGUUCUUUCUUGUAGUUCAGGCAUGUCCCUGCCCCUUGCCCCUGCCCCCACCUUUAAGACUCUGGUUAAGUUCAGAACAGAUCCGAGCCCCAGGGGAAUUCAGUGGGCAGAGUUUGCAGUUUCCCACUUGGAAGCCUUCACAGGCAGUUUAGAUUUCAAACCAGGAGCCUUCCAUUUGCAGGAUCACCCACUGUUGUCUCCAGUGGGCUUGCUGAAAUGUCAUGCAGUGAAUCAUAGCAAUGACUUAUUUUGGAUGGACAACUAUAGUAGAUUUUCUUAACCGAGUUUUAUUCUGAAAUAAGGAAGGAAGCUAUUCAAAGGCCACCCAUCAAAUGUGUCUUUUUUUCCUGUUCAACAUUGGGUGGUCCUUUGAAAGUAAUACCUCCUCCCUAGUAACACGGAAAAUCAAGAUAUUCCCCACAGUGUAGGAGUUAGCAAAAAAAAAAAAAACAAAACAGAAAAGCCCAACAAAAUAAAAGAAUAUGGAAGUGGACACAGUGUAAGUUCAUGCUUAAGAUUAAUUAGUGGUUUCUCCCAGCUCAUUCUGUCCUUCCCCAGCUCUCCUUUCCUUAGACUGUAGGGCAGGACUGAUUAAGAGGCAGCCGAAUUUCAUGGCACCAUCUUGGGUCAUGAAGCUAAGUCUUCCUUGCCAUGGCUGGCUGCGGAUGCAGGCCCUCUUCUUUGAUGUUCCAGACUCUUCUGGAGACCUCUUCCCUUCCUGUGACCCCAGCCUCACCAUCCCCACCAGGAAUGUGGCCCUGCCUGCUGACAUCUCCUCCUCUUCGCUCCGAGCUCUUAAUCCCGCCCCAGGUAACUCUGUUCACUGGGCUCCACAGUAGAAGAGGUAGCCCAGCAGAAUACCAGCCUCCGUGGCGCGGAGUCCACUCGUCCAGGACACGCAGCCUACACAGGGCAGAGCCCUCCGAGAAGGUGACAGAGCACGGUCUGUCCUGAGCCCCCUCCAAGUCUCCCGUUUUCUGGCUGUGCUUGCCACUGAAGAUGGGCUCACAGUGUGUCGUUGAGUCGUAAAGAGAAACAGUUAUUGCAGUAGUUUAAGCAGAGAGGGCACAAAUAGCAACCCAGGUGAUAGGCCAAGAAACAGUGAGCUCCCUGGAAGAAUCUGGAAUAAGGAAGAGCCAUCCCAGUAGCUGCUGCCUGCCCCAGAACUAGGGGGAGCUGUUUGAACUGGAGGCACCAGAGAAAGUUUUUAGCAGGUUUUUAUUUCAUUAGUUAACCUGGGCCUGGUGGUUAAAGCCAGUACUUGUGUGUUUAAUGAUUAUCUUUCAAGAAAAUUCUUGGCUUUAGAGUUUGGUGUAUUUGUGGAUAUAACAAUGACUGAGUUUGGGACUUCCCAUCUCUCAAUGCAGGGCACAUGGGUUCAGUCCCUGGUCCAGGAACUAAGAUCCCACAUGCCGAGGGGCAACCUGAGAAGGCCGUGUGCCACAACUAGAGAAACGCCUGUGCAAUGCAGUAAAGAGCCAGUGUGCCCAAAAUUUAAAAACAGAAAGGUUGUUUAAAAGCUGUGUCAUUGCACCUUUGGCUGUAGAUCAGCAGGGUCUUUCUCACAGCCUUCGUGUACAUGGGUUUUAACAGUACUAGCAAAGGAACCAACUUUCCGCUUCUGCACUGGGGCAUGUGUUUGAGCAAUUUCACCUUUAAGCAUUUUCCUUCCACAUGUCUGAAACACCCCUGGUUCUCUUGUUUCUUGAGUGGUUGUUUGAUUCUUUGGAUAUUUGGAAGUUCAGAGGGGAAAAUGGCUGCCAGGUUUUUUUGUUGCUUAUUAGGUGGGAAAUGAAGAGUUGGUUCUCUACUGCUGGAAGUGGGUGUGUUUUGAUAUGCUUGAUAAUCUUCAUAAUUCAUCUACAAAUCUGAGACUCUGUCAGUAUUCUUGGUUAAAAAGAAUAAGUUCUUCAGUCACUCACUUAAUAACCCAAAUUAAAUGUAUAUUCAAGUUCCUGUAACUCUGAUGCUUGGAAGAAAUAUGGAUCCUAUUGAUUGAUGUUAUAACUUUGAACUCCCUAACUUUCUCAAUGUCAUGGCUUCUAAGUCACCUCCAUGUGCUUCCAAAUGACUUUUUAAUAGAUUAGUUUGGGUGUUUGGUUUUUUUUUUUUAUGUCCAUAAAUGUCUGAGAACAGUCAGUGUGACUUUUCUUCCACAUUUUUCUUUUCUUUGCCUCUGGAGGUUACCUGACAUCCAGCCAUGCAUGUAAAUCAUGAAAUGCAAAAGAGCAAACUUUUAGGAAGACAGGAAUAAAUGUUGCAGCUUUUGUUCACUCAUUUUAAAUGAAAAAAGUGGGAAAAUGUUAUUUCAUUUUAUAAAAAGCAAGAGUCCCAAAAACGCUCUGUAGUUUUGUUUAUGGAGAACGUGGCUUCUCUCUAAAAAACGUAUCUCAGGAUGUAUCUUGAAAACAUCAAUAGGAUCACUGUUUGCGUUCAGUGCCUUAUUUGGACUUUAACCUGAAUUGUGCAUGUUGGUGGCUUGAGAGGGCAAGGCACAGGAGGGAAGGGAACCAUGACAGGAGAGCGCCGGGCCACGGUGCCGCCCUCCCCGUGGCCUGCAUGCGUUCUCAGCAGGCCCCGCUGCAGUCUGACGCGCAGUUCUGGCGACUGGUCCUCCCUUGGCUUUCCUGAGCCAGCCCCGCCCUCCAGCAUGCUGUGCUAUGGCUUGCAUAUAGAAGUCCUUUUCAUUUCUUCUUGUCUUUCAUGAGGAAAUUCCCACACAUGGUUUGUCAGGACAGGAGAGUUCAAACCUUGUUGCUGAAAUACAAAUCAAUUGAAACGUGUUGGAACAAGUAGGAAAUCAAAGUUGAGCUGAUUUCUGUUAAACAGUUUAAAGUCUUCCUCAGUACCAAAUAAAUUAAGUGUUGUAAAGUGAAGUUAAUUUGGAUAAUCACUCAGGGCAGAAGUCUAACCAUAUAGAUGAUGGGCAUUACAAUUUAUGGUAUAAUUGGAUCCUCAGAAAUCUACAGAACUCCCUCUCCGUUUGUUUCUCUAUUUACUUAACAAGACAUGGAACAAAUACAUGUCAAUGUGUAGCUGAACUGAGGGGACUUGAGUGGAUGAAGUUAUUGCCUUUAAUUAUCAAGAACUACUCAGUUCCAGGGUUGGAUUUAAUCAUGUAAGUUGUGUUAUGCAGCAUGAUUGCCAUUACAGUUACUUAUUUAAUUAAUUAAACUUAGUUAAUUAAACAAAUCAGUAAAAUCAGGAAAACCUUACAUUUGAUCCCAAAGCACCUGACCAGGCAACUAAGGGUGUGGUGUUUUGUUUUGUUUUUAAUUUGGGCUGCUCUGUUUUAAUUUUAAUUUUGGCUGUUUUUAAUUUUGGCCGUCACUUCAUGGCAGCGUGCAGGCUCUUCAUUGCGGGGUGCAGGCUUUUCUGGUUGUGGCACAUGGCCUUCCCUAGAUGUGGCGCUGGGGCUUUGUUGCCCCACAGCACGUGGGGUCUUAGUUCCCUAACCAGGGGUCGAACCCACGACCAGCAGGGAAGUACCCUAAAGGUGUGGAUUUGACGGAGCCCCAGGGUAGAUGUUCUUCGGUCAAGGCAGAAAGCCAGUCCUUGCAUUCAUCACCAGGCGAGCUCUCUUCUCCCACUGACCUUAUUCUCUUGUUUGGUUUCCCUGGUGGCUCAGAGGGUAAAGCAUCUGCCUGCAGUGCAGGAGACCUGGGUUCAGCCCCUGUGUCUGGAAGAGCCCCUGGAGAAGGGAACGGCUACUCACACUGGUAUUCCUGCCUGGAGAAUCCCUUGGGCAGAGGAGUCUGGUGGGCUACCGUCCAUGGGGUCACAAGAGUUGGACACAACUGAGCAAUUAACACACUCCAAAAUAGUUUCAAUGGUUGUGCAUUUCUAGGGGAUGAAAUUAGUGUGUAGUUGUAAAUGAACCUAUUUCAUGAAUAAAAAGUAAAAUUGU